UCAACAUAAAAUUUUAACAAGAAUACGAAAGAUGAGAAUGAAUAAUUCUAUUGGAAAACUGUUCUUGACAGUAUCAUUGAUGUUUAACAUCAUCCAGGACAACAAUGCCGAAGGUGGAACCUGUGGUCAGAAGUUAAGCCAGAAGAAAGAUUUGUGGGAAAUUAGAGAUACCAUUACAGGAGAUGUCAUUACACUGAAAGAAGAGGUUUCAAACUUGAGAGAAGAGGUUUCAAAGCUGAAAAACGUAGUUUCAACUUGUGUGAAUAAACCUGAUGUAAAGUGUGACAAUGCAGAGUUAAAAGAUGAUAUACAGAAAAUAAGAAAUGAUUUGCAGAUGUUACUUAGUGCAACUACUGUAGGGGUACCAGACUGUGAAAAUCAACUCGAUGGCAGGGUAAAUAUCAGAGCUACAGACAGAGUCUUCAAAACGCAAUGUCUCAACGGUUGGCUUGUUUUCGCCAGGAGGUUUGAUGGAUCAGUUGACUUUUAUAGGAACUGGACAGAUUACAAAAAUGGAUUCGGGCACACUGACGGUGAAUAUUUCUUAGGAUUUAAUCAAAUAUUAUCAGUUUUGAAGCAGGGGAGUUACAAACUUCGUAUAGAACUCACUACUUGGCCGGAUCAAGGGAAUGUCACAAAGUAUGCAGAAUAUAGUACGUUUGAUCUGGCAGGAGAGAGUGAACAAUUCAGAAUCACUGUGUUGGGAUACUCUGGAACAGCGGGUAAUAGCAUGUAUUACCACAACUACGCGAAGUUUAGUACGAGGGACAAAGAGCAUGAUACAUGGAGUGGUAACUGUGCAACUAUGUGGUUGGGAGCAUGGUGGUAUAAAGGUUGUUUGAUUACAAAUCCUUUUGGACCAUACAUGUCUUCAUCACAAUGUGAUGUGGCUGCUCAAUGCAUGUAUUGGGGUAAUUGGCCAGAAAAUAUUGGUGGUCCAUAUAAUAGGAACUACUCAUUUAGAAAAAUGAGGAUGAUGAUAAGAAGAGUUUGAGUUUGAUUU